UAAAGGAUAUAGCUGAGAAGAGAGCUGAAAUUCAGCAAAAUGUUCAAUUUUAAUCCCGUAAAAGACAAUUUUAUAGCAUGUGGAAAAUCUGGUAAGCUUGAGUAUUCAGCUUACCGUGGACGAAUUGGAUGUGGUAGCAGUGGGACUUUAGUGUAUGAAGGCAGAUUUGAAAGUCAUCCUGUGGCUGUAAAGAUGAUUCCUAAAGAAAACUUUAAAGGCAUUACUGAAAAUUGAUUGGAUUGGGAGAGGAGAUGAUUAAUGAGGCUAAAAUUCUAAGGGAGUAUGAACAUAACAAUGUCAUACGGUACUAUCUUCUUGAUCAUGAUGAUCGCCUAAUAUAUUUGGCUCUUGAACUGUGUAAGGGAAAUCUAGCAGAAUGCAUUGAACUUGGCAAACCCGAAAAAUUACUCUCGGGAGAAGGGCGACAUAUCAUGAAGAAGCACUUGCUGAAUGGAAUUCUUGAUGGCUUACACUAUUUACAUGGGGCUGGUAUCAUUCACGGUGAUAUGAAGCCUCAGAACAUCCUCCUUCAAGUCAAUAAAAGUAAUCAAGGCAGUGGUAUUGACAAAAUUAAGUAUAAUGCUGUUAUUUCGGAUUUCGGACUGAGUCUUAUAAUUGAUCCUGGGAGAGCAAGCAAAACUGCCAUAGACGAUCUGAUCGGAACUGAUGGAUGGAGACCUAAAGAGGUUGUUGAAAAACUCGAAGAGUUUUCCAAGAAAAAUAUUAGUGGAAGUAGACCAUACAUGAGCCUUGAAGGAAACAUGGACAAUUUGUCUCUUGAUAAAGAUAAAAUCAAGGGGACAAAACAUGUUGAUAUCUUUGCGUUCGGAUGUAUUAUACAAUAUGUGAUGAGCGAAAAGAAAGAAUCAGAAGGUCCGGUUUGGUAUAUGCAUCCAUUUGGUGACGAUAAAUCUCGAACAAUGCACAUUAAAAGGGGAGUGCGAAGUGCCUACUUAUCCAAAAAUCCAUCUAAAAAUACCGAAUUAGAUGAAAUUUUGGCUGAUAUGCUGAUAAGUCUUUGCGUUGACAAAGAUCCUCAAUGUCGCCCUGCUACAAAAGAAAUAAUCAAACACCCUUUCUUUUGGGAGCCGUCUAAAAGAUAUCGGUUCAUUGAAAAAGUUGCAAAUGAAGUAAAGUCUCUUCCUGUCAAAGGAGAGUUACACGCUAUGCUGAAUGAGAAAUGGAAAAAAUUUCAUCCGACACCUUACGGAGAAAAGAUUAUGAGUGCUGUUAAGUAUAUUGCUAAGUACAGGAAACAGAAGGUCGAUCCUAACAAACAUUUUUUACUCGAUGCUCUUCUUAAUAACAUAAGGAACAUCAAGCAGCACUAUCCUGAUAUAAAGAAAGAUUACGGAGAUAUGGAUAUAUUAGCUGAUCUAGGUGAUGGCAAUGAAGACGAUUUUCAUCGUUAUUUCCUCCAACGUAUUGCACAAAUUCUACCGGUUGUGUAUACGUGCUAUUACAAGAGUCAACGAAAUGAGAGGGGGGCUUACGAAGAAUAUUUUAACGAUAAAGAGGAGGCAUCCCUUAUUGACAGUCGCGAAAAAAUCUACUGGUUUACACUCGGCAAAAUAUGUUAUACCCUGGACCAUGAUAAUUCAGGCAAAGAUACCCGGAAAAGAGUACGAAGCAGAUCACAUAGUAGUGAAUGGAGAAUGGAGUGAAUGGAGAAUAUAGCAAAAAGCUGAGCAUAAUAAACCCUGUUUUGUCCCAUCAGUUUAACCUUCCCUAAUUAAGUUUCCUUUAAAACAAUAUGAUCUAUUAGAUUAACUCAGAUUAUCAAGACUUGUGUGUUAGGAUGGAUGUAUCUUGGUAUUUAAAGUUCGUACAUAGUUAGAUAAAUUCUUUAAAAAUAUACAUAUCUAUUAAUUAUCACAGUUCAAUAUGAUUGUGAACACUAAACGGAUGCAUGAUGAAUAGUUGUUUACCUUAUUGACCAAAUAUAAUUUAUCUUCAAACGAUUGUCACCAGACUUAAAUUGAGCUUGGCAAGAUCAUGAUGUUUCCAGAUUAUGUGCAUUAUAUUAUCAUAUUUUGGCAUUAUGUUAUUAUAUUUUAGUGAAUUUUAAUAAAUUUGUUUGUUCUGUAAA